AUGACCUUUAGUGAGAGAGAUGCGAUACUCAAUGACGAGGAGGAAUGGGUGAACAUUCCGACAGUGCUGCGGAGUUUACUGCGUCAGCUUAACAAUGAAGUGCAGAAUAAUCGUAUUACCUGCGAUGCGUUCUUGGACAAUCAGAAGGAGCAUGACCACCUAAUAAAAGGGAUCUUGUCGAAGCAGUUGGAGCGCGAAUUGGAAAUGAAAAAAACGGAACUUACCCUGCAGCAGGAGUGCCAUGACGUCCAAGCCUCUUUUUCUGCUGUGCUGGGGAGUAUUCGCGAGCAGGUGCGCCAUUUAAGCGAAGAACAGCAACAAAUGCGGGAUUGCAUUCGACAAAUUGAGGAUCGGGAACACGACGCCAUUGCAAAGCAUGAUGGGGUAAGUGAGGAAUUAAAGGUCCUGCCGAAAACAAUGAAUCAACGCUCCAUGGCGUUGGAGCGAACGGUAAAUAAUAAAUUCCAGGAGAUAUCGGGCAGUCUUGAAAGUUUGAAAGCGAAAGUUGACAUGAUCUCUGAAAGGGGCGGCGUUGGGGUGGCAGCGGUCAGAAAGGAGUUGGAGGGCUCCAAUGUGGCGUGGCGGCAAGUCGGGGAGACAAUAGCUGAAGAAAUGGAUAGUCUUCGGAUCCAGUUUCAUCAGUAUGAGUCUAAUUUGAGGGAACUCAAGUUGUUCCAACGUGAAAGUGAAGGGGAAAACAGAAAACUGUUAAAGGCCUACACAGAUUUGCAUGAAAAAGUUCAUGCUAACUUUGGGAUGGUGAAGCAGUUGGAAACUUCCUCCAAUUACCGUUUUGAGGCCGUCUUUAGUGCGCUGCAGAAGUCACAAGACUUGGCGGAGAAGCUAUCUCGACUUCAUCGUAAGCGAGAGGAGGAGGAAAUCUCCGCGAUGGCGGUUGUGCAAAAGACGCAAGAUAUGUACAGUGCUUUGACGGAGGACCUAAAAAGAACCUUUGAUAUGCAGUUAACUCAACAUCGCACUGAAUUUGAACGGUUCAAUAGGCGUAUCAGUGAAUUGCAUCAGUCUAAAGAAGAAGUGGCUGGACUUGUGCAUGAAAAGAACGAGAGCGUUAUGGUAUUUAUCGAGGAGUUGCGUCGACGAAUAGACUCCAUAGAGUCCACGAUAGAGAGGCCUAAUCUGAUGGCUGACAUCGAACACAUCAUACAGGAAGGGUUGGCCAAAGAAAGAAUGGGAAAUGAGCGCCGGUAUGCAGAGAUCCAUCAGUUCAUUUCAGAGGAACGAAGCAGACAGCAGAGCGAGAUAGAAGAAAUCAGGACAACGUUAGAGCUUUUGGAUGGAAAAAGUGAAAAAGCAAUGACUGUUGUAAAAAGUGUUGAAAUCAUGGGGGAAAAUAUGGAGACACUGGGAAAACAAGUAAAUGAUUAUGAAGAAUUCCUGAAUUGUGUGCGUAAGGACAUGAAUGCUGUUGCGAUGGAGCUUAAGGGUCUUCAGGAGAUGUCUAACGCGGGGGUGAAUACACCUAACAAUGAUGCUCCUCGUACCAUGACAGAUCAAGAACCGGAAGUAACAAAAUAUGUGUCCGAGUUGGAACUCUUUGAAAUGAAGAGUUCGGUAAAGCAAGCAGAAGAGCGUUUGAGCCUCUAUGCCAUGAGGUUAAACGAGAUGCAGCAACAGUUUUUACGGGUUGAAGCCCUUGUGGAGGAGGUUCCCCGAACUUACGAGCGUUACCGGGAGGGUUUGCAUAAAAAGCUAUCCCCAGCGUUGCUCCAAUUGGAGAUGCUGCAGCAGCGUAUUGCCUCAUUGGAGCUCAAGUUUGCGGCGGGGGAGCCACGUGAAGGGGUGCGCCAUACAUCGACGACUUCUCCAGAGGGCGGCGAACUUGAGGCUACGCGACUAGGUGUUCGUCUCGAUCAGGCGCUCCAAUCUGCCCAGCGAAAAAUUCAAGAAACUGAUGUGCGGCUAGAUGGCUUUCAGCUUUUUUGCAACACCCUGGAGGGACGGGUGGAGAGGUUGUCUAGGGAAAUUGCGGAGGUCGCUAAUAAAAACGUGUCUUUUCAAGAGGACGAGGAGCAGCGACGUGGCGCUAUUCAAAAGGAACUGGAACGAGUUGUGACGCGGAUGCGGGAGAUGGAGGCGAAUGUGCAAUUCUGUGAGGAGAGCGUAGCAUCAGGGCAACGUUCUCUCCGGGACGUGACCUCCGAAAUAAAAGAAUCAAGGGACUCUUUUGAGAGGGUCUCUGAUCUCAUAGUAACGUUAGAAAGGUCUGUGAGGUCUUGCAUCACGGCAGACUCGAAGGAGUGGCGCAGUGUUUAUGAGUUAACCUCUAUGCUUUCAAGGUGUAAGCUGGAUCAGCAGCUGACCAAACUUAGGGAGGAGUUUGACGCCCUCGCCCCGUUGGAGCAGGUUCGUUUUGCCGAGGAGGCCUUGUCUGAGAUGCGCAGAGAGAAGCAGGCGUUCAAGCAGUACGCGGAUGAAGUAAAGGUCUUCGUUUCACAGAAGCUGCAGGUGGAGAACCUCCAAGAGGGUUGCGAUGAUGUGAGUCAGCCACGCUGUGCGUUGGAGCAGCGCGUGACUCUCUUGGAGGAGUCUGCCCGCGAGAAUUCAACACACAUGGCGUCGAAUUUACACGACGUCAUUCUUCCUUUUGACUCUCGCGUGAGCUCCCUUGAGGCGGCUGUGGCUGAGCUACGGGCGCAGGCGUCGUCUGCAGCACAACCCCAACCCUGCUCCUCGUCGUUGGCAGUCGCGAGUGAGGUCGCGGGCCAGCUGGCCGCCUUGGGCGAUCGCCUAACAAGCCUGGAGGGUGCGGUUCUCGCCAUGCAGGAAAAAGGAGGAGACGACGCAGCGGGGGUGAAGGGUUCCGAGCUACGGGGCCGGCUGCCAUCGUUGGAGUGUUCGGUGGUGACAUGCAAGCGUGGCAUGGAGGAGAGUUUCGAGCUGGUCACUGACAGCCAGAGGCGCAUGGAUGAAGGGGCGGAACGCCACACCGAGCAUGACUUCUUAGGGAUAAGUGAUCAUGUUCGAAAGUUCGUGCGCGACGAGUUGGAAGCUUCUGAGAAGCGAGUGAGGUGUUUGCUGAACUCCAGAUUCGAGAGUUUCUGGAAGUCAUAUUUGCCUUCCACUGCACGCAAGGUGGACCGCGAGCGGCUGGCGGAGGAGGUGGGUUUAUUAUGGAAACAUGUCGAGUCGCAGUUAAAUGCCUUGAAGCGCGAGCUGCAGGUCUGCCAUUGA